AUUGCAGACCCGCAGUGGUCACCGAGUAGUUAGUCAGUGGUGGACAGAACCGGGCGGCACCGGCGGCAUACCGGGGACACUCAUCGCGACGAGGACGACUUUCCAGGGAGUCUUCCGCCCCGAGGUGGUUGCGGUGUAGCAAAGACAAUUGAGAGAGGGAAGAAAAAAAGGAAUAGUAAGCAAAUCAUAUAUGAAAGAGGAAAUAAAAAAUAAGCGUAACACUCGGAGAAUAUAAAUAAACAAGUGCCAAACUUGGGAAGGAAGUUAGCAAGAGAUGGUUUCUAAGAGCGGAAUGGAUCUGCGUAUUCCGGUACACGUGUCAACGUCUUCCUCCUAUUCAGCUUCCACUUCCUCGACCUCUUACUCCACGUUUACUUCCUGGAGUCCACGUUUGUUUCUCGUACUCCUUGUCGGGCAGCUACUCACCCUGACCGAUGGCCAACGGCUCAGUGGACUCUACGUGGACAAUGGCCUCGAUCAGACAGUCGUUCACAGGGUUGUUACCCAGCGUGAAAAGCGCGAAGUGGAGCACGAAAUACUCAAUCUUCUUGGACUACCAGACAGACCCAGGAACACUGGCGGCAAGGUGCCUCAAGUCAAGAGAUCAGCACCCAAGUUCCUCUUGGAUAUCUACAAGAAUACUCUUGGCGAGGACGAGGAAAAACCGGUCACCCUGCACACCCAGACGUCCGGAGAGUUCGACCUCACUGGCCAGGAUCUCAGGGCCAUCGACCAGAGCGAUGUCAUCAUGUCGUUUGCGGCGCAUAAUCACCACGUGGCCGGUGUCAGGCACGAACGUGGAAAGAGACUCUGGUUCGACGUGUCGGAAGUGCCUCCUGGUGAACACAUAAUCGGCGCUGAGUUAAGGCUGUAUCAGAGUUCAGACAUCAAGAACCAUCGAAAUCGUGGAUCUUAUAUGAUAACGGCUUAUCGCGUUCUACGCACAGAGGAUGGGGAACGAGAAUUACAAUAUGUGGAUUCCGUGAACACAACCACCGGACACGAGGGAUGGUUGACGUUGAAUGUCAGUGAACCUCUUCAACAUUGGGUCAACAAUCCCGAUGGUAAUCGUGGACUUUAUCUUUCGGUUCAUCCUGCAGAUCGUUCGGUGCAUGAAAUGCGACCGGAGGACAUUGGUAUCGUUGGCUCACGUGGCGAUGCCGAUAGGCAACCCUUCAUGGUCGGCUUCUUCAAGAGUUCCGGUAUACGUGAAGCUAAGGUGAGACAGAAGCGCGACGCCAGGAGACGGAAGAAGAGCGAGUCAUCCAGUUUGGAUUAUCGCAGUAAUCCAUACACAGAUCCUGCCAUCCAGUACAGCUCCAGGACUUGCAAGAUUCAGACGCUCUACGUAAGCUUCAAGGAUCUCAAGUGGCAGGACUGGAUUAUAGCGCCUGAUGGCUACGACGCAUAUUACUGCAGCGGCGAAUGCAACUUCCCAUUGAAUGCUCAUAUGAAUGCAACUAAUCAUGCCAUCGUACAGACUCUUGUCCAUCUUGUCAGUCCAGGCAAAGUUCCCAAGCCUUGUUGCGCUCCUACAAAAUUAUCAGCGAUAUCCGUUCUCUACUUCCUCGAUGAGAGCAACGUCAUUCUUAAGAAGUACAAAAAUAUGGUCGUGAAGAGUUGUGGCUGUCACUGAUUGACGGGCGUUCGAAUACGAAUGUAUUUAAAAAAUUUUGAAAAUCGAGUUAUGGAUGUAUCUAUAUGUAUAGAUACGUGUUAUACGUACCUACUAAUAGGAGCCUGAUGUCCUGAAGAUUCGAAAAUGUCGGUGCUACACGCAGGGACUUUGAAAUUGACGGCAUUUUGUUAUUGGAAGUACGAAUUUCUUGUGCCAUUUCUAAUUAGACGUAUUUAACGUGCGCAUUUUUAUUCGCCAAUCGGGUUUAACACUUUGCGUGUAAUAUUGGCUGAGGUUAUAGUUGUUUUAAUGCUUGCGUUAUUUUUAACGUUAUAUCGCCGUCUCCGUCGCCAUCUUAUCUGGAGACAGGGUUGUCAUUAACUGUUAUUUAAUCGUAGAUAAUAUAAAUGAAUGAUCUAUUUAAUUUGUAAUGGAGGCACGCUAGGAGUAGAAUUUACGAAACAGGGUUUACGCGACGAUUACAAAUACUCCGGGCGAGUAAAGCGCCGGCGACAAUAAUAACUGAUACAUCGUCUGUACGAAAUUGAUAAUGGAGGAUCUUAUCGUAUCGUACCGGGACUUAUUGAGGAUCGUGUAUAUAAUAAGUCAUAUUCCUAUAACAUAUGAGAAAUUUUUGAUUCGACUAUAUUAUUUUCGAGGCGCGUUCUUCUCGUUGUCGCAGAGGAGCUCACGCGUUUCAGGCACAAGUAUGUUAUAUCAUUAUUAGCUAGAGAAACAGUAUGAAUGCAGCGCGAAUGUGGUACUAUACAGUUUUGUUAAAAUAUCAAAUUCUAUAGUCGGUAGUUAACACUAACGCAACUUUUGUAAUGACAGUGUACAUAUAUCCUUGUAAAUACGUUGAAUAAAGAUUGUAACGUGGUAAAACUA